AAAGGACCUUCUGACUUCUUUCAAACAUUCUGUUUGAAACAAUUCAAAUAACAACCAUGAUUUCUAUGAUAAUAACUCCCCUCUGGAUUCUUAUUGCCAGUCUUUACAAAACAGGUCUUGUUGAAGCUGCUGAUCUUCAGCAGAAGCCAUCAUUUUUAUCAGCUAAUCUGGGUGAAGCUGUUAAACUUUACUGCACGUUUGAUGAACGAACGAGUAACGAGCGAAUGGUUUGGUAUAAGCAGAAAGUGGGACAGACUCUUCAGCAGGUGGGAAUAAUUUUAACAAAUAAAGAUCACAUGGUUUCAGAUGAGUUCAAACAAUCAGGAAUAAAACUGGAGGUAAACAAGAGCAGCAUUUCUCUGACUAUUCAACACACCACUAAAGACGAUGAAGGAACGUACUUCUGCGGCGUAUCUCAACUGAAUAUGAUUACAUUUUCCACAGGAACUUUCUUAGCUGUGAGAGGUCACCCAAAGUUAAAUGUAUCAGUGCUCCAAACUCCAGUAUGGGGGUCAGUUUCUCCAGGAAAGUCAGUCACUCUGCAGUGCACGGUCCUGUCUGAGAUCAGAGCAGCAGAACUCCGAGUGCUCUGGUUCAGAGCUGCUGCAGGACAAUCCUUUCCUGAAAUCAUUUACACUCAUCAGAACAGCAGCAGCCGUCAGUGUGAGAUCAGCUCUUCUACACACAGCUGUGUGUACAACUUCUCCAAGAACAUCCUCGACCACAACCAUACUGGAACUUACUACUGCGCUGUGGCUGCUUGUGGGAAGAUCAUUUUUGGGAAUGGAACAGCAGUAGAACUGGCACAGCCUGUGGAUCCUGUAGUGAUCUGUCUGGGAGCAGCUUUAGGAGUGUGUGUGGUUGUGAUCUCUGUCCAAACCAUUUUAAACCGUAGACAGAGAAACUGUGAACACUGCAGUGCAGAGAAACUUAAAGACUCAGUCAAAGUGAAGACGACCAAACAGGAUGAUGAAGAUACUAAGGAGCUGAAUUAUGCAGCCUUAAAUUUCCAUGAAAGGAAACCUAAAAGAGGAAGAGGGAAACGAGAACAGCCACAAGAAGACACUCUGUAUUCUGCAGUGAAGACCUCCUCUGUUAAUGACCGCAGAGUAACUCGUUAAUUUCUGUCUUUAUUAUUUGUAUCAUCUGCACUUUCAGUGCAGUGGAGGAGGACGAAUCAGGUACCGAACUGACUGACAAUUAAACACCAUGUUGUGUUUCUGAUCUGAAAAGUGAGUAAUUGUGCCAACCAGUGUUAAACUGUCAGAGAGAGGAGGGUCUUUAUGAGAUAAUUCAGUCAAUGGCCUAAAUGUUUGUGUGAGAAAAACUGUACUGAAUUAUAUAAUAAAUGAUGAAAUGAAUUAAUUAUUAA